CACAUCUACAUCAAUAUCCACAUCCACACUCACAGCAACAGCUACGCUGAUCUCAACCACGACACUCGUCUCAACAACAACACUCACAACCGCGCACAUCAGCACCACCACACUCAUCCCGCCGGCACCCCCACCAACCACAACAACUUUUAUGAGCACCAGCACUAGCACGCUGACACUGACCAACACACUCACGCUGACCAACACACUCACACUGACCAACACACUCACACUGACCCUAACAAGCACACUCACCCUCAUUCCUCCACCGGCACCAAACACACCGGUGACCGGCAUCGCCACCCCGUCACCGAUCCAGCCGGGAAUGACUUCACGCUGCCAGGCGUUCUACUACGUGCGGCCGGGCGACACGUGCGCGGCCAUCGCCGCGCGCUAUUCCAUUCUAGUGGGACAGUUUAUUGCGUGGAACCCCGGGGCGCGCGCCGAUUGUGCGAGUCUGUGGGCCAACUCGUACGCGUGCGUUGGUGUGUUUUGAUGCGAGGGUGGAUUUGAGGUAGG